UAGAACCCAGUGUGUCCGUGUGUCCUCCGACCAACAUGGACGCAAUGAGAGGUCUUAUUUUGUUGUUAUGGAUGUGUGCAAGCACAGGACUCACACAACAGCAAAGCCUCCAGAAUGAACCACAAAGCACGGGUCGUCUGCUGACCUCUUGCGACUUUAACGACGAAAAUCAACCGUUCUGCCAGUUCAGUCAGGACUCAACGGAUAAUGGCGACUGGACCCGACACAAGGGUCCGACCCCGACGCUGGGGACGGGUCCCUCUGGAGACUACCCUGAUGGACUGGGAUAUUACAUCUACCAAGAAGGCGACAACGUGGCAAACGGGCGUAAAGUCCGUCUGCUGAGUCCUGCGCUCUUGACAGCCGCCUCCAAUAUUUGCAUCCGGUUUCGGUACUACAUGUAUGGAUCCGACAGUCAAAACAAGUUGACGGUCCUGGCAAGGAAUUCCAGUAUGGAGUAUGAGGCAUGGAGCAAGACUGGUUUCCAGAGUCCAUCCUGGCUUGGAGGCGCCGUCACUGUGUCGAAAGCAAUCAGCGAAGCAGUCACUAUUGUGUUCGAGGCUCAGAGAGGCCUCAGCGCUUCCUGUGACUCAGCGCUGGAUAACAUCGUCAUUACGGAAGAAGCCUGUCCUGCUUGCAUUGCCAGCUGUGACUUUGACAUCUUGGGCAACCUUUGUGGGUGGUCCACUCACACAGACAACCCUGACGUAUUCGGUUUUGAGCCGUGGAUCGGCCCGACAGAUACCCAGGGCACCGGACCUGAUGAUGACUUCUCCAAACCUGGACUGGGAGCCUACAUGCUGAUGAAUUCUGCGGAUGGUAACCCUGGCGAUCAGGGUCAAAUUAGAAGUCCUGUCAUCACUCCAUCUUCCGGAUGCCUGGACCUCACGUUUUAUUACUACCUGUAUGGAACCAGCGCUAAUAUGGAGCUUAGUGUACACACCAUUAAUGUGGGUGGAACCCUCGGACCCGCUAUGUUUACCGUCAGGGGCAACAAGGGUCAAGCCUGGAAGCCCGCAGAAGUGCGCUACCUAGGAACCAGCGCCAUCCAGUUUGUUAUUGUAGGAACCUUCGGAGAGACCCCCCUGACUGAUAUUGCUGUUGAUGCUGUGUGUGUCAUGGCUUGUCAAGGUCUACUAACGACACCACUACCACCGGCGUCUACUCCAACACCAACUCCCGGAGUGACUACAGCAACACCUACAACUCCAGGACCGACAACACCAAAACCAAUCCAGUGCCCUCCAAAUGCAGACUACAUAGAAUGUGGUCCGGCUUGUAUCCCUACUUGCAUGGAACCUUCCAGCAACUGUAGUGGUUCCUGUAUCACUGGCUGCUUUUGCAAACCAGGCUUUGUCUUCAAGGGAAAACACUGCGUUCUACUGGAGAAAUGCGGUUGCCUGGAUGAUCACAAUAACUAUUACGAGCCUGGCCAGAUUGUAUUUGGAGACGGCUGCUCAAAGCUAUGUCGCUGUGCAGGGAACUACACUUUGGAAUGUGUGGAUAACUCCUGUGAUCCCACUGAGGAGUGCCGUGAGGUUAAUGGUGUUCCCGGAUGCUACCCUAAAGGUACAUCGUCAUGCAUAGCAUCUGGCGAUCCACACUACACAACUUUCGACAAACGCAAGUACAACUUCAUGGGCAACUGCAGUUAUAUGAUGGCUGGGGUCUGCAACGUAUCGUCAGCUUUGCCACUUUUUGAGGUCCACACUGACAAUGAAAACCGCUACAACAGACCCACCAUCUCUUACGUUAAGGCGGUCCAUGUGCUUUUUUUGGAUCCCAAUGGGACGUCCUCUAUCUUCCGGUGGGGCACUGUGCAUAAUGUCUCCAUCUUCAAAGGAGGCACCGUGCAUGUUAAUGGCAUAAAAGUCAACCUGCCGCUGAGUCCGUUUCCAGGUGUCUCUGUGUUCAAAUCAGGGAAACAUUACACCGUAUCCUUGGAUUUUGGUGUGACGGUGCGCUACGAUGGAAACCAUUUCACGGACAUCAAAGUGAUUAAAGACUAUAAGAACUUGCUGUGUGGACUGUGUGGAAAUUACAACGGGGACGCCAAGGACGACUUCCGCAUCCCUAAUGGCUCAUUAACCCACGAUCCUAAUGAGUUUGGACACAGCUGGAACAUGGAUCCAGAGUGUAACGCUAAGCCCAACACCACUAUUCCUGGGUGUGGGGAAGACGAGCAGACGCUGUAUGAGGGCUCAGGAUAUUGUGGCAUUAUUUUGGACAAAAAUGGUCCUUUUGCUGUGUGUCACUCCAAAGUCAACCCCAAUAGUUACUUCAAGGACUGUGUCUUUGAUCUUUGUGAGCUGGACGGAGCGCCUUCCAUCCUGUGCGAAGCCAUUGAAGCCUAUGCCACUGAGUGCCAAGAUCGCGGGGUCCCGAUCGGAUCCUGGAGGAACCAAACCUUCUGUCCUUUGAGCUGCCCACCCAACAGCCAUUACAAGCCUUGUGCAGAUCCCUGUCAGGAGACGUGUUCUGGGAGACCGCCUGGCUGCAGCGGACCAUGCACUGAGUCCUGUGUGUGUAAUCCUGGCUACAUUCUAAGUGCUGGAAAAUGCGUGAACAACAGUUCCUGUGGCUGCCAACACACCAACGGCCAGUAUUACCAGCCUGGAGAGGAGUUCUACACUGAGAACUGUACCCAGAAGUGUAGAUGUGAAGCCCCCUCUGUUUUUUGUAACCCAUCUGGCUGUCCCCCAAAGCACGAGUGUCAAGUACAGGAAGGAGAGUUGGGCUGUUUUCCUACAGGAUCAACUACACCUCAACCAACUAGUCCCGGAGUGACUUCACCUGAACCUUCAACUCCAAGACCAACAACACCAAAACCAAUCCAGUGCCCUCCAAAUGCAGACUACAUAGAAUGUGGUCCGGCUUGUAUCCCGACUUGCAUGGAACCUUCCAGCAACUGUAGUGGUUCCUGUAUCACUGGCUGCUUUUGCAAACCAGGCUUUGUCUUCAAGGGAAAACACUGCGUUCCACUGGAGAAAUGCGGUUGCCUGGAUGAUCACAAUAACUAUUACGAGCCUGGCCAGAUUGUAUUUGGAGACGGCUGCUCAAAGCUAUGUCGCUGUGCAGGGAACUACACUUUGGAAUGUGUGGAUAACUCCUGUGCUCCCACUGAGGAGUGUCGUGAGGUUAAUGGUGUUCCCGGAUGCUACCCUAAAGGUACAUCGUCAUGCAUAGCAUCUGGCGAUCCACACUACACAACUUUCGACAAACGCAAGUACAACUUCAUGGGCAACUGCAGUUAUAUGAUGGCUGGGAUCUGCAACAUAUCGUCAGCUUUGCCACCUUUCGAGGUCCACACUGACAAUGAAAACCGCUACAACAGGCCCACCAUCUCUUACGUUAAGGCGGUCCAUGUGCUUUUUUUGGAUCCCAAUGGGACGUCCUCUAUCUUCCAGUGGGGCACUGUGCAUAAUGUCUCCAUCAUCAAAGGAGGCACCGUGCAUGUUAAUGGCAUAAAAGUCAACCUGCCGCUGAGUCCGUUUCCAGGUGUCUCUGUGUUCAAAUCAGGGAAACAUUACACCGUGUCUUUGGAUUUUGGUGUGACGGUGCGCUACGAUGGAAACCAUUUCAUGGACAUCAAAGUGAUUAAAGACUAUAAGAACUUACUGUGUGGACUGUGUGGAAAUUACAACGGGGACGCCAAGGACGACUUCCGCAUCCCUAAUGGGUCAUUAACCAACGAUCCUAAUGAGUUUGGACACAGCUGGAACAUGGAUCCAGAGUGUAACGCUAAGCCCAACACCACUAUUCCUGGGUGUGGGGAAGACGAGCAGACGCUGUAUGAGGGCUCAGGAUAUUGUGGCAUUAUUUUGGACAAAAAUGGUCCUUUUGCUGUGUGUCACUCCAAAGUCAACCCCAAUAGUUACUUCAAGGACUGUGUCUUUGAUCUUUGUGAGCUGGACGGAGCACCUUCCAUCCUGUGCGAAGCCAUUGAAGCCUAUGCCACUGAGUGCCAAGAUCGCGGGGUCCCGAUCGGAUCCUGGAGGAACCAAACCUUUUGUCCUUUGAGCUGCCCACCCAACAGCCAUUACAAGCCUUGUGCAGAUCCCUGUCAGGAGACGUGUUCUGGGAGACCGCCUGGCUGCAGCGGACCAUGCACUGAGUCCUGUGUGUGUAAUCCUGGCUACAUUCUAAGUGCUGGAAAAUGCGUGAACAACAGUUCCUGUGGCUGCCAACACACCAACGGCCACUAUUACCAGCCUGGAGAGGAGUUCUACACUGAGAACUGUACCCAGAAGUGUAGAUGUGAAGCCCCCUCUGUUCUUUGUAACCCAUCUGGCUGUCCCCCAAAGCACGAGUGUCAAGUACAGGAAGGAGAGUUGGGCUGUUUUCCUACAGGAUCAACUACACCUCAACCAACAAGUCCCGGAGUGACUUCACCUGAACCUUCAACUCCAAGACCAACAACACCAAAACCAAUCCAGUGCCCUCCAAAUGCAGACUACAUAGAAUGUGGUCCGGCUUGUAUCCCUACUUGCAUGGAACCUUCCAGCAACUGUAGUGGUUCCUGUAUCACUGGCUGCUUUUGCAAACCAGGCUUUGUCUUCAAGGGAAAACACUGCGUUCCACUGGAGAAAUGCGGUUGCCUGGAUGAUCACAAUAACUAUUACGAGCCUGGCCAGAUUGUAUUUGGAGACGGCUGCUCAAAGCUAUGUCGCUGUGCAGGGAACUACACUUUGGAAUGUGUGGAUAACUCCUGUGAUCCCACUGAGGAGUGUCGAGAGGUUAAUGGUGUUCCCGGAUGCUACCCUAAAGGUACAUCGUCAUGCAUAGCAUCUGGCGAUCCACACUACACAACUUUCGACAAACGCAAGUACAACUUCAUGGGCAACUGCAGUUAUAUGAUGGCUGGGAUCUGCAACAUAUCGUCAGCUUUGCCACUUUUCGAGGUCCACACUGACAAUGAAAACCGCUACAACAGGCCCACCAUCUCUUACGUUAAGGCGGUCCAUGUGUUUGUAUUGUAUCCCAAUGGGACGUCCUCAAUCUUCCAGUGGGGCACUGUGCAUAAUGUCUCCAUCUUCAAAGGAGGCACCGUGCAUGUUAAUGGCAUAAAAGUCAACCUGCCGCUGAGUCCGUUUCCAGGUGUCUCUGUGUUCAAAUCAGGGAAACAUUACACUGUAUCCUUGGAUUUUGGUGUGACGGUGCGCUACGAUGGAAACCAUUUCACGGACAUCAAAGUGAUUAAAGACUAUAAGAACUUACUGUGUGGACUGUGUGGAAAUUACAACGGGGACGCCAAGGACGACUUCCGCAUCCCUAAUGGGUCAUUAAUCAACGAUCCUAAUGAGUUUGGACACAGCUGGAACAUGGAUCCAGAGUGUAACGCUAAGCCCAACACCACUAUUCCUGGGUGUGGGGAAGACGAGCAGACGCUGUAUGAGGGCUCAGGAUAUUGUGGCAUUAUUUUGGACAAAAAUGGUCCUUUUGCUGUGUGUCACUCCAAAGUCAACCCCAAUAGUUACUUCAAGGACUGUGUCUUUGAUCUUUGUGAGCUGGACGGAGCACCUUCCAUCCUGUGCGAAGCCAUUGAAGCCUAUGCCACUGAGUGCCAAGAUCGCGGGGUCCCGAUCGGAUCCUGGAGGAACCAAACCUUUUGUCCUUUGAGCUGCCCACCCAACAGCCAUUACAAGCCUUGUGCAGAUCCCUGUCAGGAGACGUGUUCUGGGAGACCGCCUGGCUGCAGCGGACCAUGCACUGAGUCCUGUGUGUGUAAUCCUGGCUACAUUCUAAGUGCUGGAAAAUGCGUGAACAACAGUUCCUGUGGCUGCCAACACACCAACGGCCACUAUUACCAGCCUGGAGAGGAGUUCUACACUGAGAACUGUACCCAGAAGUGUAGAUGUGAAGCCCCCUCUGUUCUUUGUAACCCAUCUGGCUGUCCCCCAAAGCACGAGUGUCAAGUACAGGAAGGAGAGUUGGGCUGUUUUCCUACAGGAUCAACUACACCUCAACCAACAAGUCCGGGAGUGACUUCACCUGAACCUUCAACUCCAAGACCAACAACACCAAAACCAAUCCAGUGCCCUCCAAAUGCAGACUACAUAGAAUGUGGUCCGGCUUGUAUCCCUACUUGCAUGGAACCUUCCAGCAACUGUAGUGGUUCCUGUAUCACUGGCUGCUUUUGCAAACCAGGCUUUGUCUUCAAGGGAAAACACUGCGUUCCACUGGAGAAAUGCGGUUGCCUGGAUGAUCACAAUAACUAUUACGAGCCUGGCCAGAUUGUAUUUGGAGACGGCUGCUCAAAGCUAUGUCGCUGUGCAGGGAACUACACUUUGGAAUGUGUGGAUAACUCCUGUGAUCCCCCUGAGGAGUGUCGUGAGGUUAAUGGUGUUCCCGGAUGCUACCCUAAAGGUACAUCGUCAUGCAUAGCAUCUGGCGAUCCACACUACACAACUUUCGACAAACGCAAGUACAACUUCAUGGGCAACUGCAGUUAUAUGAUGGCUGGGAUCUGCAACAUAUCGUCAGCUUUGCCACCUUUCGAGGUCCACACUGACAAUGAAAACCGCUACAACAGGCCCACCAUCUCUUACGUUAAGGCGGUCCAUGUGCUUUUUUUGGAUCCCAAUGGGACGUCCUCUAUCUUCCAGUGGGGCACUGUGCAUAAUGUCUCCAUCAUCAAAGGAGGCACCGUGCAUGUUAAUGGCAUAAAAGUCAACCUGCCGCUGAGUCCGUUUCCAGGUGUCUCUGUGUUCAAAUCAGGGAAACAUUACACCGUGUCUUUGGAUUUUGGUGUGACGGUGCGCUACGAUGGAAACCAUUUCAUGGACAUCAAAGUGAUUAAAGACUAUAAGAACUUACUGUGUGGACUGUGUGGAAAUUACAACGGGGACGCCAAGGACGACUUCCGCAUCCCUAAUGGGUCAUUAACCAACGAUCCUAAUGAGUUUGGACACAGCUGGAACAUGGAUCCAGAGUGUAACGCUAAGCCCAACACCACUAUUCCUGGGUGUGGGGAAGACGAGCAGACGCUGUAUGAGGGCUCAGGAUAUUGUGGCAUUAUUUUGGACAAAAAUGGUCCUUUUGCUGUGUGUCACUCCAAAGUCAACCCCAAUAGUUACUUCAAGGACUGUGUCUUUGAUCUUUGUGAGCUGGACGGAGCACCUUCCAUCCUGUGCGAAGCCAUUGAAGCCUAUGCCACUGAGUGCCAAGAUCGCGGGGUCCCGAUCGGAUCCUGGAGGAACCAAACCUUUUGUCCUUUGAGCUGCCCACCCAACAGCCAUUACAAGCCUUGUGCAGAUCCCUGUCAGGAGACGUGUUCUGGGAGACCGCCUGGCUGCAGCGGACCAUGCACUGAGUCCUGUGUGUGUAAUCCUGGCUACAUUCUAAGUGCUGGAAAAUGCGUGAACAACAGUUCCUGUGGCUGCCAACACACCAACGGCCACUAUUACCAGCCUGGAGAGGAGUUCUACACUGAGAACUGUACCCAGAAGUGUAGAUGUGAAGCCCCCUCUGUUCUUUGUAACCCAUCUGGCUGUCCCCCAAAGCACGAGUGUCAAGUACAGGAAGGAGAGUUGGGCUGUUUUCCUACAGGAUCAACUACACCUCAACCAACAAGUCCCGGAGUGACUUCACCUGAACCUUCAACUCCAAGACCAACAACACCAAAACCAAUCCAGUGCCCUCCAAAUGCAGACUACAUAGAAUGUGGUCCGGCUUGUAUCCCUACUUGCAUGGAACCUUCCAGCAACUGUAGUGGUUCCUGUAUCACUGGCUGCUUUUGCAAACCAGGCUUUGUCUUCAAGGGAAAACACUGCGUUCCACUGGAGAAAUGCGGUUGCCUGGAUGAUCACAAUAACUAUUACGAGCCUGGCCAGAUUGUAUUUGGAGACGGCUGCUCAAAGCUAUGUCGCUGUGCAGGGAACUACACUUUGGAAUGUGUGGAUAACUCCUGUGAUCCCACUGAGGAGUGUCGAGAGGUUAAUGGUGUUCCCGGAUGCUACCCUAAAGGUACAUCGUCAUGCAUAGCAUCUGGCGAUCCACACUACACAACUUUCGACAAACGCAAGUACAACUUCAUGGGCAACUGCAGUUAUAUGAUGGCUGGGAUCUGCAACAUAUCGUCAGCUUUGCCACUUUUCGAGGUCCACACUGACAAUGAAAACCGCUACAACAGGCCCACCAUCUCUUACGUUAAGGCGGUCCAUGUGUUUGUAUUGUAUCCCAAUGGGACGUCCUCAAUCUUCCAGUGGGGCACUGUGCAUAAUGUCUCCAUCUUCAAAGGAGGCACCGUGCAUGUUAAUGGCAUACAAGUCAACCUGCCGCUGAGUCCGUUUCCAGGUGUCUCUGUGUUCAAAUCAGGGAAACAUUACACUGUAUCCUUGGAUUUUGGUGUGACGGUGCGCUACGAUGGAAACCAUUUCACGGACAUCAAAGUGAUUAAAGACUAUAAGAACUUACUGUGUGGACUGUGUGGAAAUUACAACGGGGACGCCAAGGACGACUUCCGCAUCCCUAAUGGGUCAUUAAUCAACGAUCCUAAUGAGUUUGGACACAGCUGGAACAUGGAUCCAGAGUGUAACGCUAAGCCCAACACCACUAUUCCUGGGUGUGGGGAAGACGAGCAGACGCUGUAUGAGGGCUCAGGAUAUUGUGGCAUUAUUUUGGACAAAAAUGGUCCUUUUGCUGUGUGUCACUCCAAAGUCAACCCCAAUAGUUACUUCAAGGACUGUGUCUUUGAUCUUUGUGAGCUGGACGGAGCACCUUCCAUCCUGUGCGAAGCCAUUGAAGCCUAUGCCACUGAGUGCCAAGAUCGCGGGGUCCCGAUCGGAUCCUGGAGGAACCAAACCUUUUGUCCUUUGAGCUGCCCACCCAACAGCCAUUACAAGCCUUGUGCAGAUCCCUGUCAGGAGACGUGUUCUGGGAGACCGCCUGGCUGCAGCGGACCAUGCACUGAGUCCUGUGUGUGUAAUCCUGGCUACAUUCUAAGUGCUGGAAAAUGCGUGAACAACAGUUCCUGUGGCUGCCAACACACCAACGGCCACUAUUACCAGCCUGGAGAGGAGUUCUACACUGAGAACUGUACCCAGAAGUGUAGAUGUGAAGCCCCCUCUGUUCUUUGUAACCCAUCUGGCUGUCCCCCAAAGCACGAGUGUCAAGUACAGGAAGGAGAGUUGGGCUGUUUUCCUACAGGAUCAACUACACCUCAACCAACAAGUCCCGGAGUGACUUCACCUGAACCUUCAACUCCAAGACCAACAACACCAAAACCAAUCCAGUGCCCUCCAAAUGCAGACUACAUAGAAUGUGGUCCGGCUUGUAUCCCUACUUGCAUGGAACCUUCCAGCAACUGUAGUGGUUCCUGUAUCACUGGCUGCUUUUGCAAACCAGGCUUUGUCUUCAAGGGAAAACACUGCGUUCCACUGGAGAAAUGCGGUUGCCUGGAUGAUCACAAUAACUAUUACGAGCCUGGCCAGAUUGUAUUUGGAGACGGCUGCUCAAAGCUAUGUCGCUGUGCAGGGAACUACACUUUGGAAUGUGUGGAUAACUCCUGUGAUCCCACUGAGGAGUGUCGAGAGGUUAAUGGUGUUCCCGGAUGCUACCCUAAAGGUACAUCGUCAUGCAUAGCAUCUGGCGAUCCACACUACACAACUUUCGACAAACGCAAGUACAACUUCAUGGGCAACUGCAGUUAUAUGAUGGCUGGGAUCUGCAACAUAUCGUCAGCUUUGCCACUUUUCGAGGUCCACACUGACAAUGAAAACCGCUACAACAGGCCCACCAUCUCUUACGUUAAGGCGGUCCAUGUGUUUGUAUUGUAUCCCAAUGGGACGUCCUCAAUCUUCCAGUGGGGCACUGUGCAUAAUGUCUCCAUCUUCAAAGGAGGCACCGUGCAUGUUAAUGGCAUAAAAGUCAACCUGCCGCUGAGUCCGUUUCCAGGUGUCUCUGUGUUCAAAUCAGGGAAACAUUACACUGUAUCCUUGGAUUUUGGUGUGACGGUGCGCUACGAUGGAAACCAUUUCACGGACAUCAAAGUGAUUAAAGACUAUAAGAACUUACUGUGUGGACUGUGUGGAAAUUACAACGGGGACGCCAAGGACGACUUCCGCAUCCCUAAUGGGUCAUUAAUCAACGAUCCUAAUGAGUUUGGACACAGCUGGAACAUGGAUCCAGAGUGUAACGCUAAGCCCAACACCACUAUUCCUGGGUGUGGGGAAGACGAGCAGACGCUGUAUGAGGGCUCAGGAUAUUGUGGCAUUAUUUUGGACAAAAAUGGUCCUUUUGGUGUGUGUCACUCCAAAGUCAACCCCAAUAGUUACUUCAAGGACUGUGUCUUUGAUCUUUGUGAGCUGGACGGAGCACCUUCCAUCCUGUGCGAAGCCAUUGAAGCCUAUGCCACUGAGUGCCAAGAUCGCGGGGUCCCGAUCGGAUCCUGGAGGAACCAAACCUUCUGUCCUUUGAGCUGCCCACCCAACAGCCAUUACAAGCCUUGUGCAGAUCCCUGUCAGGAGACGUGUUCUGGGAGACCGCCUGGCUGCAGCGGACCAUGCACUGAGUCCUGUGUGUGUAAUCCUGGCUACAUUCUAAGUGCUGGAAAAUGCGUGAACAACAGUUCCUGUGGCUGCCAACACACCAACGGCCAGUAUUACCAGCCUGGAGAGGAGUUCUACACUGAGAACUGUACCCAGAAGUGUAGAUGUGAAGCCCCCUCUGUUCUUUGUAACCCAUCUGGCUGUCCCCCAAAGCAUGAGUGUCAAGUACAGGAAGGAGAGUUGGGCUGUUUUCCUACAGGAUCAACUACACCUCAACCAACUAGUCCCGGAGUGACUUCACCUGAACCUUCAACUCCAAGACCAACAACACCAAAACCAAUCCAGUGCCCUCCAAAUGCAGACUACAUAGAAUGUGGUCCGGCUUGUAUCCCUACUUGCAUGGAACCUUCCAGAAACUGUAGUGGUUCCUGUAUCACUGGCUGCUUUUGCAAACCAGGCUUUGUCUUCAAGGGAAAACACUGCGUUCCACUGGAGAAAUGCGGUUGCCUGGAUGAUCACAAUAACUAUUACGAGCCUGGCCAGAUUGUAUUUGGAGACGGCUGCUCAAAGCUAUGUCGCUGUGCAGGGAACUACACUUUGGAAUGUGUGGAUAACUCCUGUGAUCCCACUGAGGAGUGUCGAGAGGUUAAUGGUGUUCCCGGAUGCUACCCUAAAGGUACAUCGUCAUGCAUAGCAUCUGGCGAUCCACACUACACAACUUUCGACAAACGCAAGUACAACUUCAUGGGCAACUGCAGUUAUAUGAUGGCUGGGAUCUGCAACAUAUCGUCAGCUUUGCCACUUUUCGAGGUCCACACUGACAAUGAAAACCGCUACAACAGGCCCACCAUCUCUUACGUUAAGGCGGUCCAUGUGCUUUUUUUGGAUCCCAAUGGGACGUCCUCUAUCUUCCAGUGGGGCACUGUGCAUAAUGUCUCCAUCAUCAAAAGAGGCACCGUGCAUGUUAAUGGCAUAAAAGUCAACCUGCCGCUGAGUCCGUUUCCAGGUGUCUCUGUGUUCAAAUCAGGGAAACAUUACACCGUGUCUUUGGAUUUUGGUGUGACGGUGCGCUACGAUGGAAACCAUUUCAUGGACAUCAAAGUGAUUAAAGACUAUAAGAACUUACUGUGUGGACUGUGUGGAAAUUACAACGGGGACGCCAAGGACGACUUCCGCAUCCCUAAUGGGUCAUUAACCAACGAUCCUAAUGAGUUUGGACACAGCUGGAACAUGGAUCCAGAGUGUAAUGCUAAGCCCAACACCACUAUUCCUGGGUGUGGGGAAGACGAGCAGACGCUGUAUGAGGGCUCAGGAUAUUGUGGCAUUGUUUUGGACAAAAAUGGUCCUUUUGCUGUGUGUCACUCCAAAGUCAACCCCAAUAGUUACUUCAAGGACUGUGUCUUUGAUCUUUGUGAGCUGGACGGAGCGCCUUCCAUCCUGUGCGAAGCCAUUGAAGCCUAUGCCACUGAGUGCCAAGAUCGCGGGGUCCCGAUCGGAUCCUGGAGGAACCAAACCUUCUGUCCUUUGAGCUGCCCACCCAACAGCCAUUACAAGCCUUGUGCAGAUCCCUGUCAGGAGACGUGUUCUGGGAGACCGCCUGGCUGCAGCGGACCAUGCACUGAGUCCUGUGUGUGUAAUCCUGGCUACAUUCUAAGUGCUGGAAAAUGCGUGAACAACAGUUCCUGUGGCUGCCAACACACCAACGGCCAGUAUUACCAGCCUGGAGAGGAGUUCUACACUGAGAACUGUACCCAGAAGUGUAGAUGUGAAGCCCCCUCUGUUCUUUGUAACCCAUCUGGCUGUCCCCCAAAGCACGAGUGUCAAGUACAGGAAGGAGAGUUGGGCUGUUUUCCUACAGGAUCAACAACACCUCAACCAACAUACCCCCCAGAGACUACACCUGAUGUAACAACACCAGUAGUUUCUACACCACAACCAACAACUCCUGGAGUUACAACACCAAGUCAGUGCCCCCCAAAUGCUGACUUCAUAGAAUGUGGCCCAGCUUGUAUCCCUACUUGCAUGGAACCUUCCAGCAACUGUAGCGGCUCUUGUAUUACUGGUUGCUUUUGCAAACCAGGCUUUGUCUUCAAAGGAAAACACUGCGUGCCAUUGGAGAAGUGUGGUUGCUUGGAUGACCACAACAACUAUUACGAGCCUGGACAAAUCAUAUACGGAGACGGUUGCUCAAAGCUGUGUCGUUGUGUCGGGAACUUCACUUUUGAAUGUGAGGAUAGCUCUUGCGGUCCAACUGAGGAGUGUCGCGAGGUUAAUGGCAUCCCAGGAUGCUACACUAAAGGUUCUGCAACGUGCGUGGCGCACAGCGACCCGCACUACACAACCUUCGAUGGCAUCAUGUACAGUUUCAUGGGCAACUGUAGUUACCUGAUGUCGGCCGUCUGCAAUGCGACAGCAGUACCCGACUUCGAGGUGUACGCAGACAACGAAAAUCGCUACAACAACCCCGCCAUCUCCUAUGUGAAGGCCGUGCACGUGCACGUGCGCCAGGUCAAGGUGUCCAUCCUCAAAGGCAGCACGGUUCACGUGAAUGGGUCCAAAGUCAACCUGCCCGUGUCUCCGGCGCCGGGUGUCUCGGUGUUCCGGUCAGGAAGACACUACACAGUGUCAAUGGAAUUUGGCGUUGUUGUGCGCUAUGAUGGCAACCAGUUUAUGGACAUCAAAUUGAUUCAAGACUAUAAGAACACAUUGUGUGGAAUGUGUGGCAACUACAAUGGAAUCUCCAUUGAUGAUUUCCGCAAGCCGGACGGGACGGUGACCGGUGAUAUCAAUGACUUCGGACAUAGCUGGAACAUCGAUCCAGACUGUAAGAAACACAACAUCACUACGCCCGAAUGCAACGAGGAAGAUGAGAAGCUGUACGAGAGCUCCGCCUACUGUGGCCUUCUAUUGGACAAGAACUCACCUUUUGCUGUGUGUCACCCCAAAGUCAACCCCAAUAAUUACUUCCAAGACUGUGUCUUUGAUCUUUGCGCACUGGAUGGCGCUAAGCCUGCUUUGUGCGACGCCAUUGAAGCCUACGCCAAUGAGUGCCAGGACCGUGGGGUCCAAAUUGGACCCUGGAGGAACCAAACCUUCUGUCCGCUGAGCUGCCCCCCCAACAGCCACUACCAUCCCUGCGCGGACCCCUGUCAGGAGACAUGUUCCGGAAAGCCACCCUCCUGCGAGGGACCAUGCACGGAGUCGUGCGUGUGUGACCCCGGCUACAUUUUGAGUGGUGAACAAUGCGUGAACAGGAGUUCCUGUGGCUGCCAACACACCAACGGCCAGUAUUACCAGCCUGGAGAGGAGUUCUACGAUAAAGACUGCGAGCAAAAGUGCCGAUGCGACGCCCCUUCUGUUAGCUGUAAGCCAUCUCAGUGCCCCCCCAUGCACCAGUGUUUGCUUCUAGAAGGACACCUGGGCUGCUACCCUACCAGCUCUAAGGACUGCAUUGUCUACGGAGAUCCACACUACAACACUUUUGACAAGAAGUUCUACAGUUUUAUGGGCACGUGUACCUACACGCUGGCCAGAACCUGCCGGAACAACACAGGUCCGUGGUUCUCGGUGGAGGGCAAGAAUGAGGAACGAGGAGUGUCAGGAGUGUCGUACCUGAGAAAACUCUACAUCACUGUGGACGGAAUAACACUUACUUUGAUGAAAGCCAGGAGGACUCUGGUGAACGGGCGACGUGUAGCGCUACCUAAUUCGCCAUCUCCUAAGAUGACGGUCAGCCUAGCUGGUCAGUACGUCACCGUGCAGACGUCCUUUGGUCUUCGAGUACGCUGGGAUGGAAAGCAUCACGCCCAAAUCUCUGUCCCCAGUUCGUACUAUGACCAGAUGUGCGGACUUUGCGGCGACUUUGACGGAAACCCCGACAACGACUUCACCAAACCAGACGGCGCUCUGGUGGCCAAUGUCAACGAUUUCUGCAACAGCUGGCAGACGGAAAAAGAUGAGGAUGACUCGUGUUCGCCGGGCACCAAACCCGAUCCAGACUGCAAUCCCGAACUUCAGGCUGAGGUGGUGAAACCGGAAAAAUGCGGCAAAAUCAAUGAUACUGCUGGACCUUUCCGGGAGUGCCUCAACGUGGUGAAUCCCAGCCCGUUCUUCCAGAGCUGCGUGUACGACAUGUGUCAGUUUGAAGGUCAACAGCAGGUCCUGUGUGACCAAUUGCAAGCAUACACUGACGCCUGUCACAGCGCCGGAGUCAAAGUCCACCAGUGGAGGUCGCCACAAUUCUGCCCGCUGGAGUGUCCAGCCAACAGCUCGUACUCGCUGUGUGUGAGCUCCUGCCCUGAGACAUGUUUGGGAGUGGUAGGACCGCCAGGCUGUCAGGAUAUUUGCGUGGAAGGAUGCCAGUGUGACCCUGGAUUCAUCCUGAGCGACGACAAGUGUGUCCCCCUCAAAGACUGUGGCUGUGUCGACGCCAGCGGGACAUACCAUCCUGUGGGUGAUGAGUGGUUGUUGGAGGGUUGUAAGAAGAAGUGUUGGUGUCAAAGUGGACCGUUGAUGCAGUGUACUAACAACAGCUGUAACGCCAACACUGAAAGUUGUCAGCUCCACCAAGGAGAGUACCAAUGUCGCCCCCUAGGAAACGGUAUCUGUUCGGUGUCAGGGGACCCCCACUACACCACAUUUGACAAGCGGACCCACCACUACAUGGGGGCCUGCUCUUACACCCUGACAACGCCCUGCAACUCCUCCAACAGCAUGCCCUACUUCAGCGUAGCCACCCAGAACGAGCACAGGGGAAGUAACAAGAAGAUUUCUUACGUCAAGGCUGUGAUGAUUGACGUGAACGGUGUGACCGUCAUCCUCGACAAGGGACGAGUGGUCCAGGUUAAUGGGUCAGUGGUGGUUCCUCCCGUCAAGUUCAUCAGCGACAUGAUAAUUUACCUCAGCGGUAAGUUCAUCAUCCUGGAGACCUCUUUUGGAUUGAGGGUGCGAUUUGACGGCAACCACCACGUGGACGUCAAGGUGCCCACUUCCUACAAUGGGCAGCUUUGCGGAAUGUGCGGAAAUUUCAAUGGGAAUCCAAAAGACGACAACCUAAAGCCAGACAACACUCCCGCCGCUAACACAAACGACCUGGGAGACAGCUGGGAGGUUCCUGAUCCCCGACCUGAUUGUCGGAAUGGCGGUGGCCAGAACGACUGCGAUAUAAUGGUGGAGGAGGACGCCAAGAAACCAACAAGCUGCGGCAUGAUCACUGACCCUGACGGCGUCUUCAAGCCCUGCCACUCUGUCAUUCCUCCCGAGGCCUUCUUAGAAAACUGCAUAUAUGACAUGUGUGCCACGGGGGGGCAGACUGUGGCUCUGUGCCAAGCCUUGGAAAGCUACGCCGACAUGUGUGCUGUCGCUGGGGUCCCCAUUUCUUGGAGGAAUGCCACUUUUUGCCCUCUGAAGUGCCCCGCUGGUAGUCACUACACACACUGUGGUCCCGCAUGCCCACAACCCAGCUGCCAGGACCCUGCCGGGCCAGGCGGUGCCUGCGACCAACCCUGCGUGGAGGGCUGCGUCUGCAACACCGGCCUCAUUUUAAGCGGUGACAAAUGUGUGCCACUAAGCGAGUGCGGGUGCUUGGACAACGAGGGAAAAUACAAACCGGUGGGCGAUACCUGGUUUUCCGAGACGGACUGCUCGCAGCGUUGUAAGUGUAACAACAACUUGAAUGUGACCUGUGAGCCGUGGUGGUGUAGCCCAGCGCAGGAGUGCAAAGUGCUGGAUGGCGUGCUGGACUGCCACUCCACUAGUCAAGGUGUAUGUCAUGUCGCUGGAGACCCUCACUACUACACCUUCGAUGGCGUGAUGCACACCUUCAUGGGCACCUGCACCUACACUCUGGUCGAGGUGUGUAACACCACGAGGGUGACAACAUUCAAGAUAGUGGCGAAAAACGAGGAGCGCGGUCAACCAGAGGCGUCGUAUGUCCGUUCUGUGAAAGUUUACCUCCCUCAUGACACGGAAAUCGAACUACAGAAAGGCCGCAGAGUUCUGCUCAACGGUCGUCGUGUGCGAACGCCCAUUUCAGUGAGUGCCGCCGGCGCCAAGGUGAUAACCAGCGGCGCGUACAACCUGCUGGAUACAAAUUUUGGUCUGCAAGUGAAAUUCGACGGCGUUCAUCACCUUGAGAUCACUGUGCCCGGCGAAUACUUCAACAAGCUGUGUGGCAUGUGCGGCAAUUACAACCACAACACAUCUGACGACAACCUGAAGCCCGACAAGAAACCUGCCAAGGACGUCAUUGAACUGGGCAACAGCUGGAAGUCCGAGGGUGACAGUGACCCUGGCUGUCAACCAGACACUCGCCCGGAUGUCCACCCCAACUGCACGGCGGAGGAGGAGACGCAAUAUGAGGACCAGUGUGCCAGUGUCAUUCUGUCCGAUCGUUUCAAACCGUGCCACUCUCUGGUGCCCCCGGAGGCCUUCAUUGGGAACUGCGUGUACGACAUGUGCGAGUACGACGGCAUGCCGGCCACGCUCUGCGACAAUGUGGAGGCGUACGCUCAGGCGUGCCACAGCGCUGGCGUGACCAUUAGCUGGAGGAACCAAACGUUCUGUCCCUUGCCAUGCCCUCUUAACAGCCACUACUCCCAAUGCACCGCCCCCUGCCCUCCGACCUGCUCUGAUCUUUUCCCGAUUGUUUGCCAUCUGCCGCCCAGCGCCUGCGUGGAAGGCUGCCAGUGCGAUGCCGGCUUUGUCCUCAGCGACGGCAAAUGUGUGCCGCUCAACAAAUGCGGCUGCCUGGAUUCAGAUGGAGAGUACCAUGAUGUGGGAGACUCGUGGCUGACGGACAGAUGUGUUGAGAAGUGCGUGUGUGACCUGGGAGGCCUGAUCACCUGCAGGAUCCACAGCUGCGACUCCAACUCGGUGUGCGCCCUGGACAAACUUGGAGACGUCUACUGCAAGCCUGCCAAGUUCGACAAGUGCAGCGUGUCAGGGGACCCUCACUACCGAACUUUCGAUGGUUUUGCGCAUCACUUCCAGGGCCCGUACACUUACAUCCUGACUCGGGAUCACGACCUGCAUGGCUCGCUCGUGCCACUGACGAUACGGGGUAAGAACAUCCGACGCGGUGGGAACAAGAGGGUGUCCUUCCUGGACCAGAUGUAUGUGGAUGUUUACGGCGUCAACAUCAGGUUCCUGCAGAAGAAGGCAGUCCUGGUGAAUGGGGAGAGUGUUUCGCCACCUCUCAGCCCGGUUCACGGGUUAACCAUCACGAUGAACUCCAGACAGGUGCAGUUAGCCGCCGACUUUGGACUCACGGUGCGCUUCGACGGGAAAAGUCGUGGAGAGAUCAUUCUACCAAGCACCUAUCAGAACGCCGUGAGAGGGCUGUGCGGAAACUACGACGACAUCGCCAGAAAUGAGUACAUGAAACCGGACGGGAUGCUAGUCGGGAACCUGAAUGAGUUUGGAGAAAGCUGGCGCGUUAGCGACAGACUGUUUGACGGUCCCGGAAGUGAUGAACCUCCAAGCAGCGCACAGCUUUACAGGCGAAAAAGGGACACAGAACCAGAUUCAGGCUUUGAGACGUCCGACUGUUCUGAGGAUGAGCUGACCAUCUAUAACGACACCGCUAAAUGUGGAGCACUCGCUCAGCCGACUGGACCGUUUUCUGCCUGUCACGCGAUCUUACCACCUACAAGCUACCAGGACGACUGUGUGUUCGACCUGUGUGCUGAGAAGGGCAGUGAAGAGUUACGCUGUGCGAGCUACGAAGCUUAUGCUGCUGCCUGUCAGGAGGCAGGAGUCCCCCUGGGACCAUGGAGGCAACAACUAGCCUGUGAGUUGCAGUGCCAAGCGAACAGCAGCUACUUGUCCUGCAUGUCGCAGUGCCCCUCUUCCUGUGCCGACCUGGCGGCCCCUUCGCAGUGUGAUGUCACUUCCUGCGCGGAGGGCUGCCAGUGCAACGCUGGCUUCGUCAUGAGCGAGGGCGCGUGCGUGCCAUAUGCACAGUGCGGCUGCAUGUUCCUCGACAGAUACUACCCCCUGAAGGAAACCUUCGUGACAGAAGACUGUUCUCAGGCAUGUACAUGCACCGCCACUGGCGUCGUGUGCCUGGACAAAAGAUGCCAGGAGGGAUACGUCUGCACUGUCUACAACUACAAACGCGACUGCCAUAAAGCCAGUCCUUGCCUGAGUAGCCCGUGUCUCAAUGGAGGACUCUGUAACGAGGCCGGCAACGUCUCCUACACCUGUGUCUGCACUGAAGGCUACCAAGGACCCAACUGUGAGAUCGAGAUCACGCCUGAGACUGGAGGACUUGAAACCAAAUGGAUCAUCCUGAUUGCCGUGCUGGUGUCCCUGGUCGUCAUCAUCAUUGUUGUGGUCACCAUCGUGUGCGUUUGCAAAAGCACAAAAUCACACGUUUAUGUAAUUCAGAAGACGCUGUCAUCUCACAGUAGGAAAAACAAGAGCGAGGAUCAAGAUCUCAGCAUGAAUUCAACCAGGGUCCCCUAUGAAAACAUGGAUGCAGACAGAAGCAACAACAUGACCACUAUGUGAUCACACCUUGAAUUUUGGAAUUGUAUCCGAUAGUAAAAUACAUCAAAUGUCAUCUGGUCACAAUGCUCUUCAUAUAUAUUCUGUGUGUUAACUUAAGCAGUAACAAAUAAAAUACAUCAAAUGUGUGCUUUUUGUCCCCAUGUGUGUCUUCAAGCAGUAUGUUUAUUUUUUAUUUGUUAUUAUACACCGCAAAAUGUGCGCUUGUGUAUUUUUUUUAUGUUGUUUAGUUGGGUAGCAUAUUUGUA